AAUGCGCAGUUUGACAGCUGCAUAAUUUAUAUUCACGCUAAAAUUCUCAUCUUGUUAAGCAAUAGAGGCGAGAGCUGUAGGCAGGUCUGGAUCGAUUGUCUGUUUAUAUAUACAAAAAGAGGAAGAAUAAUUCCCUGUGUACUGGCGAAUCGAUUUCCUAUAGCCGCUUAACAAACGUUGGGGAGAUGUGAGACGCCGAAUACUCGGUCAAGAUAUGACUGCCUUGAAAAUCACGGAAUUACAGACCGACAUAGCGGAUAUUUUGUGAAUGUGUGCUAUGGAUUUUGCUCCUAAAAAUAAAGGAUACAGAAAUGAAGAUCGAUCAGCGCGUCUUUAAAGGAAAGAGCUGAAAGACCUGACCAAUGAAAUCAAAGAUCAUGAAGCGCCAGAACGUGCGCACACUGUCACUGAUUGUGUGCACGUUCACGUACCUGCUGGUCGGGGCGGCGCUCUUUGAUGCCUUGGAGUCAAGAUUUGAGGUUGAAUGUCGUGAUGAUUUGCUCGCAGAAGAAAUGACGUACAGAAAUAAAUAUAACAUGACGACCGAGGACUUUGAGGCCCUGCGUAGAAACGUGGAAAGAACGGUUCCCUACUACGCCGGUGUACAGUGGAAAUUUAGUGGCUCGUUCUAUUUCGCUCUCACCGUUGUAACGGUUAUUGGUUACGGUCACAGUACACCACAGACGGUUGGCGGGAAGAUCUUCUGUAUGUUUUAUGCUGUAGCUGGUAUACCGCUCUGCAUCAUCAUGUUCCAGAGUGUUGGAGAGAGACUCAAUGUUUUCAUUACUUACACAUUGAAGAAAAUCAGAAAAUGUUUAAAGCUCAACAAUAGAACUGUUCCAGAAACUCAUGUGAUUUUAGUCACAAUGAACCUGUCAAUGCUCGUGCUGUCGUCUGGUGCGUUAAUGUUUGACCAUUACGAGCACUGGGGAUUUUUAGACUCGCUGUACUAUUGUUUCAUAACGCUGACAACUAUUGGGUUUGGAGAUUACGUAGCACUUCAAAAGGACGAUGCUUUGCAAGAUAAGCUCCAUUAUGUCGUGUUUAGCCUGAUAUUUAUUUUGUUUGGCUUGACAGUAAUAUCUGCUGCUAUGAAUUUGCUGGUGCUACGAUUUUUAACGAUGAAUACCGAAGACGAACGAAGAGACGAACUCGAGGCUGCCGCAGCUGCGCAGAACGCCAUUCACCUAGAUGGUGACGUAAUAACAUCAAACGGCAACGUGCACGUUGUAUCAAACGCGCAAGAGCGUGCAGCUGUCGAAUACAGCGAAGUGAUAUCGGUAUGCUCGUGUUCCUGUUAUAAAUGGAGGUCAAACCGAGGUAAAGAAACUCAAAAUAACCGACGCAGAAGUCAGUCAAUUUUUACGACAACAAGCGGGAAGAACAACUAUGGCCGAGAUGAUAGCAGCGAUGAAGGGGACUCAUUCCUUUUGUAUCACUCUAAACGAAAUUCCCUCUGAAAAUAAUCCUUCUGAAAAUAGUCCUACGAAUAUACCCGCUCGCACAUCCAAAACCUCUCGUUACGGCAGGUUUCUAUACUAGUAAUUGAUUAUCAUGCAGUAACAUAAACAAAACUAUGACUACAACAAAGGAUGUUUUUGUAGUUCUUUCAUGCAGAUAUAGAACAUUUUGAAUGAGGAUUAUGUGGGUCGUCCAAACCGUUCUGUAUUCUGCGUGAUUGCUAUGCGACCGGAGCUACGCGUAACGGAUAAAUAUGAUUUGCAUAAUUAUACUUCCGCGAUGGUCUAGAAGAAGAUACAACGCUAAGAUGGUACUUGUGAGAAGUAAAGCAAACAAUUGUGUAUGAUCCAGGUUUUACAAAUACCAUGAUGACAACCAUAUAAAACUUUUAUUGUAACAUUCCAAAAUUUUGUGAUCAGGUUUACAGCUCGCUUGUAUAUUUUUUUAGAGAUGGCAAACAGCGUGCCAUAUAGUCGCAGUUAUGUCAAUUUAAUCACAACUGCACACUUUUUAAAAACAGUUUGUCUGCAAUAAUUGGUAAAACUGCUUUAAAGCUACUCGUUUACAGCAGAUUGGACAUCAUCGUAUAUGUACGCACAGUUUGACAUUUUUGUGUACCAUAAUAUAUUUGUGAAGUGUGGGAAUAACACA